AUCAUACACCUCUAAAGAAUAUAUUUGAUAGUAGAUUAUAACUUAAGGAAACGAUGGCUUCCUACAACAGGAAUAUCUUCCAAGGCAUGCCUCUUUUUUGUUUCUCUCGUUUGCUUCUUGAGGUAUAUAAAUAAGGGACUUGUUGCCAUGGCUACCGCACUAGAGAGACGAUUGGCCUCUUUCUUUUCUUUCAUUACAUGCUCUAAUUACUUUCUCUAUCAAGACAACCACAAAGGCAUCGACCACAUCAACUUCAAGAUGCCCAAGGGUCGACCUCUUUCAUUGCAGACUGUGGAGCUCAAAGUAAGGAUGUGCUGCACCGGCUGCGAGAGAGUCGUUAAAAAUGCCAUUUUCAAGCUUAGAGGAGUAGAUUCUGUGGAGGUGGAUCUGGGGAUGGAAAAGGUAACAGUAGUUGGGUAUGUGGAUAGGAACAAGGUGCUAAAGGCGGUGAGGAGGAGUGGGAAGAGGGCUGAGUUCUGGCCCUACCCGGAUCCGCCUUUGUACUUCACAUCCUCUAACGAUUAUUUCAAAGAUCUCACCAACGACUACAAAGAGAGUUACAACUAUUGGAGGCAUGGCUACAAUGUAGCCGACAGGCAUGGGACCAUUCCACCCACUCACCGUGGAGACGACAAGGUCAGCAAUAUGUUCAAUGACGACAACGUUAAUGCUUGCUGUCUCAUGUAACUCCCCAUAUAUCUGCUUUCAUGCUUCCCUUUAUAUAUAUAUAUAGAUAUUAGCCUAGACCUGUGUGUUUAAUUCGGAUCCUUCGAGGAAGCUGUGUGUCGAUCAUUUCAUUUCUUAAAUGCAGUACUGUGCAGUCUGUAAUCAGUUGAAAAGGUCGGGAAAUGUACUCAGUCCAACAGUGUGUAUAUAUACAUGGACACUUCGCCUGUAAUUGUUGGUUUCGUUUCAAACUUAAAAGGAAGAGCGCCUGCAUAUAUUUGUGGUGCAAAUUGGGAAUAAA